UUCAGAAUAAGAUGCUUAGACUUCACAACUCUUAUAACACAGAAGAGUUAAGUUGUUCUCUAAAUCAGCUGUGGAAACAGGAACAGUUUACGGAUUGCCGGAUAAGUUGUCUGGAUGGGAGUAUAAUGUCAAGUAAGAUUGUCCUCGCCUCCCACAGCAGCAUGCUGGAGGCCGUCCUUCAACCUGUGGAGGUCGGAGAGAUUCUCCUUCUAGACUUUAGUCUGGAGGCUGUCAGAUUUCUAAUGGGUAUAUUACACGGAGAGCAGAUCUGUAAACCGAUCCAAUGUUAUGAAAUACCCGAACUAAUUCACGCACUGGGUAUUCAAACUGAUCUUACACAUAUUUUCCCACUAGAAUCAGAGAUUGAGGAUUUAGAAAAACAGAACCUCAAGGAUGAUGAGGCAGACGAAGAAAAACCGGAGGUUAUCGAGAAAAUACAAGUUCUGAGAAGAGGUCGGAGAGGCCGGAAAGUUGCAGAAACCUGUGAUAUAUCUCCUAAAUCUAAAAUUAGUUCCUUAAAUGAUGAUUUGACCCAAACUAUUGAUGAAUUUGUUCAGGAUGUAGAAGAGGAAGAACAAAUGGAUAAACAAGGUAUGACACUAAAGAGAAAAAGAUGCCAAAGUCCUAGUCCCUCCCAGAGAAAGAAAACAGGACGAAAACCUGCCAAUGAGAAGGUCAAACUCCAGAUGGGAGCUGAAUAUACAGGACGGUUUGUUGCACCGGAGGAACUUGAAUCCCUCUGUUCUUCGUAUAUUAAGAAAAGUUUGUCUAGUCCAGAUCCUAAUCUCUCCUGUGAUCUGUGUGGAUAUGUGAGAAGGGAAAGAGAAGUUUUGAUUCAACACAUAGCAGUUCAACACAUGGAUCUGCUUACUAUUAAAUGUAACAUCUGUCCGCAUCUAGGGAAUGAUGUGAACAAGAUGGAGAGACAUAUGAACACUCAUGGAUUUACAAGAGAGAAAGAUAAGGUGGGUGAGUAUCAGUUGUUGAGCAGGGAAGAGAGUAGCCUGGAGAUCCUGGAGGAACGGUUCCAACAGUUCCAAUGUGAGUUCUGCAGGAGGGUACUCAAGAGUAGAGAGGAUGCCAAGGGACACCAGGAACAGUGUGGGGGAGGGAAAACAAAUAUUUGGUAUUCAUUAAUCAGCAACAAUAGGUUCAAGUGUAAAAUGUGCGAGGAGGUGUUUACUCACAAGACAGGGUUAAAAUCUCAUCUUUCCUACACACAUAAUCAGACUCUACCGUUCGUUUGUCAGGAUUGUGGGGACUCAUUUAUCACUAGUUCAAUGAUGGAGUUCCACAGGCGAAACAGUCAUAAACGUCGGCAGAAGGAGACGAAGACUCUGAUUGGAAAUUAUCAUCUCAAAGACUACAUGACUUAUCUUCCAAAGGAAGAUGCUGAACCCAUCCUGCAAUCCUACUUUAGGGUUGGGGCUGAUGGCCUAGUCUGCAGAAUUUGUGAUAAAGUAUAUUCCGAAGAUAGCAUCAGGUCCCACCUACUGCAUUCCCAUCUGAAGUUGGCAUUGUACAACUGUGAACUGUGCAGCAUUAAGUUAAAGGAUGAAAUAGAAUACCAGAAUCAUAUUCAGACAGAGCACAAUGUUCAGGAGAUCAAGACUGUUGAACUACCAGCUGUCAGCUCGGAUACAGAGUUUCUGUUUGUUCACGAGGACGGAGAUGCCGCGGAUUCAGAAACUAACGUGGCAUUCGUCAUUCAUCAGACAGGAGAAAGCCCUUCAAAAAUACAACUUGAGCCUGCAACAAACUGCCAUCAAGUCUUUAAUAUAAGGACUGACACUGUAUCCAGUCUAAAGGGAUGGUACUGCAGCCUAGAAAAAAGUGAAGAAGUUUUAAAAGAGAAUAUUCUAAAACCCGGCAGACAACUAGUUUGUAAACUAUGCAAUAAGGAAUGGAGCAGUAAAAAUUUUAACCUAGCCAGGGAACACAUUUUUGACCAUUUCAACCUGUAUUUGUACAAAUGUGACAUUUGUGAUACACUGUUCAAGAAAGAAGAGCACUUGACAAAUCACAGGAAAACCCACAGAGCAGAAGAGGAGGAGGAGGGGGAUGAGAAACCAUUUGGAGACUUUCACCAGCUCUCCCAGCCUGUUUAUAUUCCUUGGAAACAGGCUAAGCCUCUCAUAGAUGCCUACUUCAGGAAGGAUGAGGAAGGAAGGUGCUGGUGCCGGCUGUGUAACUACUCGAAUAAGGAAUCCAGGAUUACAAGAGUACAUCUUCUCACACAUCAUCUUAAAAUGAAUAUUUAUCAAUGCCAGGAGUGUCUAGAAGAGUUCAAGAUUGAACAGAAUAUCAGGAAACAUCUGAAGGAUGAACAUGAUCUAGAGUUUGAAGGUCUAGAGAAGCUGGAAGAUCCCGAGUAUGAGAACUCUGAAACUGAGAUCGAUACUGAAGAUAUCAGAACGGUUGAUAUAAAGGACCUGCAGGGUAAGAAGAUAUCAGUGGCCCAGGGGCGAAUCCUUCGUAAACUUCAUAUCUCAAGAAAUAUUACGGAACGAGUAUUUGAGUGCCAGCUUUGCGGAGAACGAAAGGAGAGUUUAUCCAAUUGUUCUGAUCACGUGAUGUCUGCUCAUCUAAACGUCUUUAUCUACAGAUGUUCAGUCUGUUCUAAACUAAUAAGAAACUGGAGUAUAUACUCUAGACACAGAGCUAGUCACGACCGUCCCAGCCGGAAAGCUGGGAUUCGGCGCAGUCAGCUGCAUAGAGCCGAUCAGUCUGACAGCGGUCAACCCGGGGAUCUGCAGAUCAAGACAGAAUAUCAUUUACUGGAGCAAGAUCUUUUUGUAGGAUAUGAAGAGGGUAUGAAGAUAGUUUACGAGUAUAUAGAGCACAUUGGAAACAAGAAUUAUAAAUGUAAAAUGUGUGAAUUCACCAGUCUCAGUCAGGGGGUAGAGACUCAUGUCUUCUCGAAGCAUCUUCCGAAGCUUUAUCUUUUCAAAUGUGAUGUGUGUGCAAAAAUGUUCCGAUAUUCUAAAUCAAUGUUCAAGAAUCACAUGGAGCUCCACACUUCAGGGAAACUGCCCUGUCCAAUAUGCCAGGAGAUGAAUUUAAACCCCGAGAAAAGGUUCACGAAGGAGAGCUUGGCCGCCCACAACAAGAGGUUCCAUAAGGAGGGGGAGUACAUCUGCAAGGUUGAGACUUGUUCUGGUAAGUUUGAAAGUCCUGCGCAUCUCCGGGUACACGAGAGAACUGAGCACUUCCUGGGUUUACCCCAGAGAAAUUUCCAGUAUAUGUGCCAGAUCUGCAACCAUACUUUUAGGAAGAGUUCACAAAUGGAAUCCCACUUAAAAAGCUGUCAGGCUGGGCGGAGUAGAACGUUAUUCAGACAACGGAUAGCAGAUUCACUUACCUGGGAAGGAAACGGUGUUUAUAGUUGCAAUAUGUGUGGAGAAAAGUUUGAGCCCCCUCGUCCCUCUGCCAGUAGUCUACCUAAUGCCCGGAAACACGUGGUUCUUGUUCAUAAGAAAACUCAUCUCAGAAAAACGAAGAUGUCUUGGACGCAAGGUGUAGAGGGACUAAACCCGGAGAAGAAAGCGUCCAGGAGGAGAAGGAACAUGAACCUGGAGAACACGGAGAAUGAGGAGAAGAACUUAGAUGAACCGACCUACAUCAUUCCUGAACAAAUACCAAGUUAUCAGGAAGUGGUAAUUCAAUCACAACCUUAACCAAUAAAGUCUUCCAUCCAAUCCUAAUUUAAUUUAUUCAUGCAAAAAUUAGUUAAUUUUUUCCAUAAUUAU